CCAUCCAUCGAACAACACUCAAAUAACCGAAAUGGAUUUCUAUUACUCGCCCCGUGGAAGUGGAUGUCGCACCGUGAUCAUGGUGGCCAAGGCUCUCGGCGUGAAGCUGAACAUGAAGCUACUGAACACCUUGGAGAAGGAUCAGUUGAAGCCCGAGUUCGUCAAGCUCAAUCCAUAGCACACCAUUCCCACGCUGGUGGACAACGGAUUCUCCAUCUGGGAGUCCCGCGCCAUUGCCGUCUAUCUGGUGGAGAAGUACGGCAAGGAUGACACCCUCUUCCCCAAGGAUCCCAAGAAGCAGGCUUUAGUCAACCAACGCCUCUACUUCGACAUGGGAACUCUGUACGACAGCUUCGCCAAAUACUACUAUCCCCUUUUCCACACUGGAAAGCCCGGAUCUGAUGAGGACUUUAAGAAGAUCGAGAGCUCCUUCGAGUAUCUGAAUAUCUUCCUGGAGGGCCAGAACUACGUGGCCGGUGACCACCUCACAGUGGCUGAUAUUGCCAUCCUCUCCACCGUUUCCACUUUCGAAAUCUUUGAUUUCGACCUCAACAAGUACCCGAAUGUGGCCAGGUGGUAUGCCAACGCCAAGAAGGUGACUCCCGGAUGGGAAGAGAACUGGAAAGGUGCCGUGGAACUGAAGGGAGUAUUUGAUGCCCGUCAGGCGGCGGCGAAGCAAUAAAAAUGUAAAUAACUAUAUUUAUUUUAAUGUAUGUAAUUAGAAGGGUUUUAAUAAUAUAUAUAUAUACUACAAUUUUGUUUUGGCCUUCAAAACAUUUAUAAAAACGUCUUCCUUACCCAAGCUUUACUUCCAAAAAUAUAUUAUUUCAAUCUAUUAUU